AUGGUCAAGUUUUCGCUCCUCGCAGCCAGCCUCGUGGCACCUAGCGUGCUCGCUGGUCCUCUGCCCGGCCCCCAGACCCAAACCGAAAACGCCCUCAACCCUCGCCAGGGAGGCUACUACUUCCAAAACUGGUCCGAGGGGGGCAGCAACAUCCGCUGCAACAACGGCAAUGGGGGCUCCUACACCGCCAACUGGAACAGCAAGGGCGGGUUUGUGUGCGGCAAGGGUUGGAGCUACGGCGGUAACCGCGCCAUCAAAUACACCGGCACGUACAACGCCACGGGGCCGGGCUACAUGGCCGUGUACGGGUGGACGCGCAACCCGCUGAUCGAGUACUACAUCAUCGAGGCGCACGCGGACCUGGCGCCCAACGAGCCGUGGACGUCCAAGGGCAACUUCAGCUCGGCCGAGGGCGACUACGAGAUCUUCACCAGCACGCGCGUCAACAAGCCCUCCAUCGAGGGCACCCGCACCUUCCAGCAGUACUGGUCGGUGCGGAAAGAGCAGCGCGUGGGCGGCACGGUGACCACCCAGAACCAUUUCAAUGAGUGGGCCAAGCUGGGCAUGCGGCUGGGGAAUCAUGAUUAUGUCAUUAUGGCUACCGAGGGGUAUACUGCGAAUGGGGGGCCGGGGAGCAGUGGCUCGGCGGCGAUCACGUUGCAGUGA